CACCUUCCCCAAGCCCAAACAGCCCCAGAACCGCGUGAACAAUAUUUUGUUGAUGUUUUUAAAGAGGGUUUUGGUUUUGUAUUUAAGGAUAUCAAGAUGUUUAUCGAUUAUAAACCGAGAGAUAAAGUCUAAAACAUCGACUAAAAAAGGACAACGAUGUAAUAAUAUUAUAUCAAGUGACUAGUUGCUACGCAACGGACCCUGCGCGUUACCUUAGCAACAAACAGAGCCGAGGAGAGAGAGAGGAACAGACUCGCCGAGGGUUAAUCACACAUAAUCGAUCAGGCUGAUCAUCUCUCGUUAUUGUGAGAAGUAUCAAUUAUCACCCGGAGAUGUUUGAGGCCUCGGAGUCAAGGAGGCACGACCCGCCGCUUACAAGCGCUGCAAUCGGGCACCGCUAUCAGCCUGAGCCGCCCUGCCCGCCACAGCGACUACGAUCCUCUCUCCCUGCAGUUCUCCCUCCUCGCCUCCAGGGGGCUCCACUGGUCUCCUCCUUCGACGAGGUCGUUAACCGUUUCCACACCACUUCGCGCACUGUGCACGACAGGAAGCGUGUGGGCGGGCCCUUAGCCCAGCCCCGCCUCCCCAGGGCCCUUCCUCAUUGGACGCUGAGCAGCGUUGACGAGCUGGAGGACAGGCUGCGGGGCAGGGGGCUGGGAGGGGGGGUGCGCUGGGUCAGCGAGUUUCGGGACAAAUUCCAGGGAGAGGCCCCCCCUUCUCCUGGGACAGGGGUCACACUGGGAGAGAGUGAACCCAAACUGAACGAUCAUCAGAGAGACGGACCAUCACAGGGAUGAAUUGUAUGGGCCAAUCAAAAGCUUCCAGGCCGACUUCUUCCACCCCACGGACCGCCCACUGGGCGGGGCUUCCGGACCGGGUCCUGCCCCUUUCCACGGGGCCACGCCCACCGGGCAAUGCUUCCCUCGUUUGUCUCCCAGGACUGUCCCAGUGCCCUACAAGGGGCUGAAGAGCCUCUCCCGAGAAUCGUAUUGCUCUCCUGAGCACCCCAGCAAGGGGCAGGACCGUUACUGUCCCGUAGACACCCCCUGGGGCCUGCCACGGCAUGGGGGCGUCCCCGAAAUCAUGGGGAUCCCCAAAAUGUACGAGACAGAGUACAAGGGGUAUGGCUCCAAGUGUCCCAUAGUUGUGUGAAUUAAAAUUAUUAACAGGAUCACUGGCCCCUCCAUUUAAAGGCUCGCUGCCCUUGUUUACAAUCAACUGUCUCGCUAGUCAGGUGAUUAAGAGCUUCGGGU